AUGGAACAACCUCAGAAGCUCGGAGUUCUCGCACAGAAAAAGGGCCAAAUGGGAGGAAGAGCAAAGAGAAGGACCUUGACUAAGAGCUUGUCGGAGCUCGAGGUCGAAGAGCUAAAAGGGUUCGUGGAUCUGGGGUUCGUCUUCUUGGAGGAAGACAGAGUCGACUCAAGCUUGGUCUCCAUCAUUCCUGGGCUACAGAGACUGGGCAACAAAAUUAAAGAUGGUGAAGAAGAUGACGAAGAUGCCGGUGAGUCUGUAGUUGUUGCGAGGCCUUAUCUGUCGGAGGCGUGGGAAUGGUGGGAGGAGAAGAGGAAGGAGGAUCCAUUGAUGAACUGGAAGGUUCCGCUCUUGGGAACGAGACCGACAUGA